AUGGCAAGCUUGAUGAUAUAUGCUAGUAGUGUGCUAUCGGCCAGAACGACGGGACAGGUAAUAGAUAGCAUUAAAGCUUCUCAAAUAUACAGAAAAUAUGUGCAUCAGGUAGAUAUCACUGGUCUUGACCUUGCGUUAUUACGAUCGAGAGAACAUGUAGAGAGCCAUAGUGCUGAUGACAAGGUUGCAUUCUUGUUCAUGGAAGCUGACGGUCAUGCACAAGACAAAAUCUGGUCAUCGUUUUUUGACCAGGCUGACAAAGAUAAAUACAAUCUUUAUGUUCAUCGAAAAUCACCCACCAGUCGUGGUAGAUUCUUGCAGAAGUAUGCAUCAUACCAUGAGGUAUCUAUGACAUCCAGCUCUUGGUGCGCGUUGAUGGGACUUCAGUAUGCAAUGCUGCAAGCCUCCUUGAGGGACCCCACAAACCAGCAGUUUGUAUUCUUGUCUCACAACGCCGUGCCGCUGAAGCCGUUUAGUUAUAUGUACGAGGAUCUCGUGUUGAACUCGAAAGAUAAGAGUAAAUUCUGCUUCACUUCGAUUACGGGUUUGAUAUCUAGCGACUGCCGGUUCCAGGACGAUCACAGGAGGGAUCGGCCGGAUACUUUGAAACAUCACCAGUGGAUUAUUCUAUCACGUGAGCACGCUGAGAUUGUCCUGUACGAAAAUGGUAGAAGUGCGCUAAAAAAAUAUGAUCAAAUGAGGGACGUGGUCGACGGUGUUUUCCAAGACCCUAAAAUGUGUAGUGACGAAACAGUGCCGUCCAUGGCCCUCAUACAGAAGGCUGAAGAUCAAGGGCUAAUCACAAAUACAUCUGACUACAGGGAUGUCUUCAGCGGCUUGGAGAAGAUGGGUGUAGAACAGCGCUGUACCACUUUCGCGUACUGGGGAGGGUGCUUAGUAAACACUACAUUCGACUUGGGUGCUGAAUUCGAGGAGAACAAGGAGAACCUUGGUGCUGCUCAUCCAAUGUCCUUAAGAGGUGCUCCUGAGUAUUUUGUGAGAGACUUGGUCGCCCACCCUUCACUUUUGUUUGCACGCAAGUUCAACGCUGAUGCUUUUGUGAAUAUCACGUUACCCGGCGAUUUUGAAGGUGAGUUUACCUACGAAACACAACUAUUGAGAGAUGUACUUCCUGACUUGAUUGAGAAGGUCCCAUUCUUCCAAGUGAAGGCAUUGGAACAAAACCAGUUAGCGAGGUUGAACACGAUCAAUGCAAACUCAUCGUUAUCCAUGAAAAACACGUAGUGGUGUGCAGAGUAAAUGGAAG